AUGAUCAUGCGAAGAUCCAAAUUGGCUCGGUACUUCAGUCGACGCCACUCGAAAACUGUCGAAGCUGAGAAAAGAGUCGUUGUAUAUCUGUGGAGAGAGGAGCAGCAACAACAGUAUCGAGCUACUCUGGCUGGUCAGCAACACCGUUCAACAAUCACAGCAGGUGAUUUCCCAAACCAGGCAUCAUCAAUGGUGGAACAAAUGCCGUCUGGGCCCCCGGAGCCAAGAACGAUAGCCACUACUUCUCAAGGCCCAAGACUCGAUAUCCAACCCGUAUUACGGUUUAUGAAGGAGCAACUAGAGCAAUCCGCUCAAGCAACUAGUCCCCAAGACGAGCGUGUCAGUAUUGGCUCCAACAGUUCCGCCAUCAAUACCGAACGACGACGCAAUCACACCCCCAAAGACAUAUCAGCAAGCCAGGAUAUCGUACCUCCCUUACAUCCCACACCUAAAAGAUCUCCAGGCGAACACGAACACUCGCCGAGUCUUUAUUCAAAGUCUGCAGAUAAUUCCACCACACCCUCACACACAUCUGCUGAUUUCGAGACUCCCGAUUUUGCGGAACUGAUGGAUGGAUUGGCGAUUGUGAUGUCGAAGUUAAACCCUCGUAAUGAUUCUGUUGUUGGGAUAGAUUCUGCUAUUGGUGGUUUUGGCAUAGCUGAGGAAGUCGCGGCUGUUGUGCCUGAUGCAUCGCGGUAUUCUGGUUAUAUCGUUAUGGUGCCGAGGAUCUCAGAGGAAGAGGAAGACGAGGAGCAUGAGAGGGAGAGAAUUGGACGAUCGAAUGAGAAUAAGAAUGAUGUGUCGAGGAGUACGAUAUAG